UCUCUCUCUCUCCCUAUCUCGCAGGGAUCUGAAGCUGGAUAAUGUGUUGCUGGACAGUGAGGGUCAUAUAAAGAUAGCUGAUUUUGGGAUGUGCAGGGAGGGCAUGUUUGAAGGUGACACUACACGUACCUUCUGUGGGACCCCAGACUACAUCGCACCAGAGAUUGUAGCCUAUCAGUCCUAUGGUAAGGCAGUUGACUGGUGGUCGUAUGGGGUGCUGCUCUAUGAGAUGUUGGCUGGACAGCCUCCCUUUGAUGGUAUUGAUGAGGAGGAGUUGUUUCAGUCCAUCAUGGAGCAGAGUGUCUCCUAUCCCAAGAGUCUGUCCCGUGAGGCCGUCGCCAUCUGCAAGGGGGUAAUCUACAUCCAAUUCACUUAG